GCUUCACAUCUGGGAAGAUAGCACAGAAUGUGGGAGACACACACUGUACAGAGAGGGAAAUAACAGAGCACAAACACAAGAUAGAACCGAAAGUCACACACUUGGGACAUUAUCCAGUGACUGGCUGCAUGAAAGGUCCCUGGGAUAUAACAAUACAAAAGGAGCCCUUCAAAUGUUUGGAUUUAGGAAGAAUGAAUGCUGGAAAUGACCAGUAUACUGUUUCAGGACAUUCUGAGAUUGCAGCAGAGGAAAAUGGAAUAAAUGGGACUCCUGCAUUCCUGUUACUGCAAUUUACUAAGAAGUUUGUGCAAGUGGUGAGGACAGGCAGAGAGGCCAUACAGAUUGGCGUGGAGCAGAGAUUACCUACAGGGUCAGAGAGGUGAACAAUUUGCCUCCAGUACUGACUACUUCCAGGACCCCAACAGAUUACCUUCUGGGCGGAAAGGUGAACAGAUUGCCUUUAGGGCAGAGAGGUGAACAUGGAAGUCUUCAUGAUCAGAUUAUGGAUUAUUGGCGCACUCUAUAUCACUUUAUGGUGUUUUGGAGCAGAAACCACUCCUUACUGUGACCCAGAAAAACAGUAUGCGCAUUCAGGAAAAUGCUGCAGUAAAUGCAAACCAGGAACAUAUAUGAGCAAAAGAUGCACUGACAUUGCAGAUACUGUUUGCAGACCAUGUGGCCCUAAUGAGUACAUGAGUGCCUGGAAUGAUGAUUUGAAAUGUACCCUUCAUAUGGUGUGUGAUGCAGGAAAAGCCCUGCAGGUGCUUCACAAUGGGAACAGCACUUAUCCUCGACAAUGUGUGUGCAUUGACGGACACUAUUUUUAUACCAAUGAAGAAAUAUGCAUGGACAAUACAAACUGUCCUCCUGGCUUUGGCGUACAGAUCCCAGUUCAGCGGAAUAAAAAUACUGUAUGCAUACAAUGCCAAGAGGGAUAUUUUUCCAACACUUCCUCAACAACAGAGCAAUGCCAUCCAUGGACAAACUGUUCCGAGUUCGGACUUCAAGAGAUUGAACCUGGCACCAAUAUAUCGGAUGCUGUUUGUGAUCAUCUCAAAAAUACUCGUAAGGUGACAAAGAUGAUUAUCAUUAUCUCUGUUCUCAUUGUAGCACUGGCUGUGCUUUUAUUCAUCUGUAUUUUGUGUUGUAUGAAGAAAUACAGUACCCUGAAAGCACCUCAAGAUUGGAUGCGAGAAACUUGUGACAAUUUAAGUGGUUCAAAGAAAAAAUCACAAUACAGGGAAGCAAAAACGACUAAACCUAUUUACACUAUAAUAACAAAUACAAAUAUAGUGGAGAAUAUCCAUUCUGGAAACGUAAAAGAAACAGAGACUCUAAGAGGUAGACUGAUCCCAAUGGAAGAUGAAUACAUGGACCAGAGAAGAUCACCUGAGCCUGAGAAUGGAAGCAUAGUUGCUGGCACAGCGUCCUUAUCAGACCUGGAGAGUGGCUCUUUGGGAACUUCCCAUGCUUACUCAGACACUAGCUCAGACAGGUUGCUGUUUCCCAAUGAAGAGGUCACAUUUCCACCAUGCCCAGAACAUCACAGUAGUCAGUCUGCCAAAGAGGCUCCUAGGAAUCGGACGGAGGAAUACUGCAUCCCUGAUCCAGUGGACAAAAACUAUGGUCAACAUAGCUCUCGUCAUGAGUUCCAUAUUUACCCACAACCAUCUUACCAUAUGCCAGAGAAAAAUACUGACAAGGAGCCAUGUUCCUGCUUCACCAAUGCUCAGUACACAAGAAGCAGCAGUAAAAAUAGCACUGACAACAUGUCGUCUCCAGAGACGCCACCAACGCCAUCAGGAAAUGUGACUGGAAAUAACAACACAACAGUCAUUUCAAGUGCUCCAGUAAUGAACAUUAAAACAGAUAUGGUAGUAGUCUAUUACAGUGGAGUCUCCCAGGACGCUCACGCACCUUGCGAAAGUGAAGAAAACAUUAAGCAGCCAAUGCAAGAAGAAAGGCAGGACCAUUGUGACAGCUUUGUGGCAAACACACCACUGUACAACUACAAUGACAUUCCCUGCUGCUCAAUGCCAGAUACAGACUGUCCAGAAGCUGAGGUUAAUCUGAGAGACUCCAACUGUCCGGUCACGUCCAGUCAGGACCUUAGUGAUGCUAUGUACUAUCAAAAUACAGAUUUUAUACCUGUACAAGAGGAAGGAAAGCCGGAAUUUUACCAUAUAGAAGUUAUAUAAAUAAAAAAAAAAACAAAGGAACAUUUUUCUCACCAUAAAACUGUGAAAAGGGAACAUAUAUAGAUGUUUCAGUGCAGGCUGUUUUUUGAACUACAGAGCCAGAGAACUGUCUGACCAAUGAACCAUGGACAGCCUUGUAAAUGAUCUGCAAUUCCAGUGCCUUUAUUGGGGAUUCUUCGAUACUAUUCUUAUUUAUUUUGCUGUGAUUUGUCCCCAUGUUUGGUGAAACGUCUACAUUCAGUGACUAUUACAUUACAAUGUGUUGCUGAAAAGUUGUUCCUCUCGAAAUAGGAGAGAACGUUUUGACAGUGUGACAGGUUGCCUAACCUUGAAAGCAUGAAAAUGAUAACUGAAGAUCUGCUCCUAUCUGCUAAUGCUCAUUGCUCUUCUCACUGUUCUGUGAGUGCAACAAAAGAGAGGAAUUAAU